GCGGCAGGAGAGAAGCGAGAGAGGCUGAACGGAGCGGCGGCGGAAAACCAGCGUGAACAUGGCGGACACCCUACGCUCACUCUUCGACUAUCGGGAAACACACACUCUCGAUAGCGGCGGAGAAGGCAUCAAACCGGCACCGCCACUGAGAGGGCGAGGCUGUGGGAGGAAAAGGAAAGGGACCCCCAUGAAAGUCUUUCUUACACACACCGAGGAAGAGUGUGUGCCUGAACGCAGCUUUAGCCCAGGUGAUCGUAAAGAAGCAGCAGAGAACCAACGGCUGGACGGGCCUUUCUACAACGCAGAGCUUGCUCCUCACCACUGCUCUCCAUCAGCUCAGACUCAUGAUAAAGUCUCCUCCGGACCCCGGACCGGCUCCUGCUCUGCGUCUACCCCAGCUGCUGCGGCCUCCUCUGCCCCCCCUGCACCGGUCCCCUCUCUGUCCCCCGCCUCCACGGCCCCGGCAGCACCCACCGCCUCUGCUCCGGCCCCAACAACCAGCCCGUACCUCCCCUCUCCUAACUGCCGCAUCCGAGAGGUCCACUGUGGCAGCCAGGUGCGUCUGGUGGUCAUUGCCAUCCGAGACAUCACCAAGGGGGAGGAGAUCACUGUGGACUAUAGCCUGACGGAGUGGGGGGAGAACCUGAGUUUCCGUGGUCCUGCGUCUCCAGCACAACACGAGUGUAUCUCCGACAGUGAGAAUAACAAUAAUAUCAAAAAGGAGGAGGAGCCUCUCUCCGUGUCAGCCCAGCAUCGGCAGCAGCAGCAGGAGUAUGUCACCCCCUCAUGGUCCCUCUCCCCCUCCUCCUCCCCCAUCUCCCACUCUGAUGCCAGUGACUCAGACUCUGCAGAAGAAGACAACGCAAGCCCUCGCGGCCGGGCACAACAGCGGCGCAAGAAGAGGCGCAACACUCCUUCAAAGAUAAAGACCCCCCAUCGGACACUAGCCGGGCGGUCUUCGCUGGCUUCGCCCAACAGCAUUCCUCCUCACAACCGCCCGCUUUCUUCAUCCCACCCUCCAGCGCAGUCCUCCUCUCCCUCCUCCUCUUCUGCUAAGCUUGUGUUCAAAGCUCCGGCUCCACAUGGCUCUAUCACCAAAGGCAUCAGCAGCGCAAACGCCCCCAGAGGCGUGUCCAUAGACGCCAUGCGGCAAACCUGCGAGCACUGCGGACGUCACUUCCGCUCCCUGGGCCGCCACUUGGAUAAACACCAUGCCCACCAACCAGAAGUGUGCUCCGCCCUCGUGGAGCGCUACACACAAAUGCCCCGUCUGCAUCCACAGAGCACAAACCCUCCCACCGCGCACACACACUCUCCGCAGGACUCAAAGUCGCCACAGAGCGAAAGACAGAGUUCAGAACUUCCGCAGAUUGGCGCCCAGGACCUCUCCAUGCCUCCGCCCACUCUCACAGCAGCUAACCAAUCCCCUGCCUCCUCUGGGAGAAACUCCACCUCUCCGGUGCUGACUCCUCCACAAGGACAGAGCGCCGUGCCGGUGUCCGUGCUGAAAAGAAGCCUCCCCCCUGUGGCUGUGACGCAGUCCAGGAGGGGAUCAAUGGGGAUGAUGGAGACGGAAAGACAGGGGGAGGAGGGAGAGAUAGAGGAGGAGGAAGAUGAUGAUGUGGAGGUCGUGGAGAUAAAGAGGCCCAAGGAGGAGGAGGAAGAUCUUGAGGUGGUGUGCCCUCAGCACUUCAUCAGCAAUUUGGCCAAAGAGAUGGAGCCACCAAAAGAAGAGGAGGAGGAGGAAGAAGAAGAAGAGGAGAAUGGAGUGAUGGAGGUGGAAGAUGAAAGUGGGACAGACGAGAAGGACAAGGAUUUGAUGAGUGGUUCGGGGCGUCACCACAUGCUGCCCCUCCUCUCGUCCUUGUCCUCUCUGGUGCUGUACCUCCGGCGGCUGCAGCACUCUGCCUUCCUGUCCCUGUCCCGGCAGCUGCAGUCGGCCGAGGCCUGGCGCCUGCUGUGCCACUCCAGCCUGGCCCUGCUCAUCCUGUACAACCGCCGGCGUGAGUGUGAGGUCUCCAAGCUUUCCAUCACAGAAUACCACGCUCGCAUCACUCCCCAGUGCCCGGUUCCUGUCCCACCGGGGGCCCCUCCCGCUCUCACUCCCUUAGAGGCCUCCCUGUCCCCCUUCGAGCGUCUGGUGCUUCCCCACCUCCCCAGAGUCGGGGUCCAGGGUAAACGAGGAAGAGUCCAGCCCCUCAUCCUCCCGCCUCACUGCGAGCCCUGCCUGGAGCUCCUCCUGCAGACGCGGCAGGAUGUGGGAGUCGACCCUGCAAACCCGUAUGUCUUCGCCAGGCCGUACCACUCCCCCGCCACGCCGCUGCGAGGCACCGACCUCCUCCGCAGCCUGGCCCGCUCGAGUGGCACCCGCAACCCCCGAGCCCUGACCCAGACCAGGGUCCGCCGGCAAGUCGCCAUCCUGACGCAGCUGCUGCUCCUGGGAGAAGGAGAGGAGCCCGGGCAGCCUGGAGGCAGCGCUGUGGAGAGGCUGGAGCACUUCCUGGAGAGGGAGUACCAUGUGACACAGAACUGUGCUGGAAUUGGACAAGACCCAGGCCUGAUGGGCAGAGUGGGCAGAGUGGUGCUCUGCGGAGAGAGAGAUGGAGUUCUCUUCAGAGGAAUGAGCCUGAACCACAUCUGCCUGGAACUGGACGUAAUGUCAGGAAACUCUGCAGACUCGUACUCGGAGGGAGAGUCUGAAGGGGAGCAGACGAAGGAGAAGCCCGACGCACCCCCCCCUGCCCCUGCCCCUGUCCCUGUCCCUGUCCCUGCCCCUGCUCCCACCCCUACACCUACCCUGCUGUAUGUCAGGAAGGGCAAGAACAACGGGCGGGUGGGCCGACCUAAGAAGCUGAAGAACAGCCAGCCAGCCCUUCCAUCUGCUCCACCUUCCUCCACACACCACAGCCGGGACUCAGGACAGCCCAAAUCAGGAAAGCGAGGCGUCCUGAAGCGUCCCUGGUCAGAGGCGGAGCGGGCUGCGGUCGAGGAGCACCUCACCCAGAACAUCACGGAUCUCCGGGUCCCCGCGAAGGCUGACUGCGAGCGCUGCCUGCAGCAGUGCCCCCUGCUGGUCAGCAACCACCGCGACUGGAGGGCCAUCAAGUUCUACUGCCACAAUCGCAUUCAGCUGCUGAAGAAAAACCAGCGUCGGGAAAUCGAGCCCCUGGCCCUCAUUGUCUGCUGAGAGGAGAGAGGGUUCGGGGAGGCAUCAGAGCAGAUUCUCAAAUGGUACCCUGCUCCCCAGCAAAUGCACUAGUCUUGAGAGGACGGUCCUAAAAGUUUCACUUCUCGUAGCCUGGUUUGGUUCUGACACGGCUUUUUCAUUUGACACAUGAUGGCGUUUUUUUUAUUUGAGCCACACAAGAACAGAAAUCUGAAUUAACUUUUUUUGCUGCUCUACUUUAAGGUCUUAAAAAAAUGACACUAGUCUUCACAAUGCUCCUCGUUUGAGGGACUUGUCAAAAGCGGAGCACUGUGACGGGUCCCGUUUGAGACUUGCGUUGGGGGACUUCAGAGACCAUGACACUUGCUCAUGAUUUGUUGUACAUGGACAAUUUCUUUAUCUCCUUCCAAAACGCAUACACUAAAAGGAAAUGUAAUCAAAGGAGGCAGUGGAGCCUCACAGUGUUGCUGAACGUCGUGAAGUAGCAUUAGUGUUCCAUGCGCUCGGAGACGUAAAUAGGACAAAUGGCCCGUGCUGGGGCCACAUGUUUCUUAAUAGUGACUAUAUAACUAGAGUAGGCAAUACUACUGCUAAGACUAACCAGAUCUUCUUAUACAACUGACUGUAGUUCUGACAAUGGUUUUAUUAUAUUUGGACCAUGUGAGGUACUUGUGGAGGAAUUAGUUGCUGUAUUGCAGUUUUUAUGAAGUUUAAAUUUAAAGUGGAACGCAGAGUUUCAUUAGAGAGACAAUUAAACGGCCGCAGAAUGUUGUGAAGUUACUUUUGGAUACCUAAGAUGUUUUGUUCAAAUACAAAGUCCAGGAACAUGAGGACUGUUUGGAAACCUGUUGCGCUCGACUCAUUUUCCCCAGAGGAACAGUUGUUUCUUGUUUCCUUUUGUUUUUGUCUUUUUUCUGCCUGUUGCACAUUUGUUAUUCAAAGCAGUAAAAAAGGUGCUUUAGGCCAAUAAGCUGGAUAUCACUUUAUAUGUAGAGAGGAGAUUUCCCAUGGUUGUGUUAGAAGUUUAAUAAUAAGUGGGCAUUUAUCACAGAAGUGAUUGUUCUGUCUCCACGUUUAUUGCAUUGUCUGUGAUGUCCUUCCCAUCGGUUAUAGCUCCUCCUGUCCUGUCCCAGCAACACUACACGGUUUGCAGCUCCACCACAUUUUUGAUUUAUCUUCGGUGUCGCUUAAAAUUUGCUUCCCAUCGGACUAAAACCUCCAUGGAAUCUGAAGACAGAUACUUGAAGUUAUUUAAACCGUUUGCAGACUUGUUUAUGUUCUUUUUUGCUCUUGCCUAGCCAGUUACAUUGUACAUAACAAAUAUAUUAUCAUUAUGCUAACUGGUUGUUCGUGCUAGACGAUGUAGCUUUUUCCUUUCUGAGUUAUUGCUAUAUGUAAAUAAGCCUGUUUGUAAAUAAUCCUCAGAGAAACAAAGAAAAAACACAAUGUAUGACAUGCCUUGGUUAAUGUGUUAUGUUUUUUCUUUUUUUAUAAGUCUUAUAAAAAUGUAAAGCUCUA